AUGGGACUAGUGCAGUUGCUGUUUAAGUUUAAAGACUCGCUCUUUCCCUUAACCGUCUCGGAGGGAGUGACUUUGCUCGAAGCAGCAGCAUCAAGUGAUAGCGUUCCUCUGCGGGGCGCCUGCGAGGGCUCGCUUGCGUGUACAACGUGCCACGUCAUCCUGGAAAAAGGCGUUUACGAUAAGUGCAAGGAGAUGUCCGAGCGAGAAGAAGACCUUCUAGACAGCACGAAGCUGCUCACAGCCACUUCCAGGCUCGGCUGCCAGGUAAAAGUCACAAAAGACAUGGACAAUCGAACGAUAAAGAUCCCAGCAAUCAACAGAAACAUAGAAGUACCGCGCCCCCAGGCCAGCCCGCAUAACCUCGAGUAG